ACGGAGUACGCGCGGAUAGUUCGCUGCGGGACCUGGAUCGCUGAAGGGGGUUUGAAUCUCUCGCCGGGACGGUGCGGGGUUAGCCUACGAGCCGCGAGCACACGACUCAAGAGAUGCAGCAGGUCUUAGAUAAUCUGGGGGCCCUGCCCCCCUCGACAGGAGCCAAAGACAUCGACCUCAUCUUCCUACGCGGGGUGAUGGAGAGUCCAAUCGUCCGCUCCCUGGCCAAGGCUCAUGAGCGGUUGGAGGAUGUGAGGUUGGAGGCGGUGCAGGAUAAGAACAUGGAGCUGGUCACCGACAUUCUGGGAGAGAUCAGCGGAAUGAGGGGCGCCAACGACACCGCUGUGGAACUCUCCAGAAUCCUGCAGGAGCCACACUUCCAGUCUCUGCUGGAGGCCCAUGACAUGGUGGCGUCUCAGACGUACGAGGCGGUGCCCUGCAGCUCAGAGGGGGGCGGUGAUGAGAGGCUGCUGCAGGCUGACGCCGUACGCAUGAUCGGCAUCCGCAAGAAGAGAGGAGAGCCCCUGGGCGUGACGUUUCGGGUGGAGCAGCAGGACCUGGUGAUCGCCCGGAUUCUGCAUGGCGGGAUGAUUGACAGGCAAGGGCUGCUGCACGUGGGUGAUGUCAUAAAGGAGGUGAACGGCCAGGAUGUGGGAAACCCCGCCCACCUGCAGGAGCUGCUGAAAGACUGCAGCGGGGGGGUCACCCUGAAAAUACUGCCCAGCUACAGAGACGCCCCCACACCCCCACAGGUGUACGUGCGUCCUCACUUUGACUACACUCCAGCCAAUGACAGCCUGAUCCCCUGCCAGGAGGCGGGGCUUCCCUUCGCCCGCGGAGACGUCCUGCAGAUCGUGAACAGGGAGGAUCCCAACUGGUGGCAGGCAUGUCAUGUUGUGGGCGGGGCUACGGGCUUGAUUCCCAGCCAGUUCCUGGAGGAGAAGAGGAAGGCGUUUGUGCCCAGAGACUUCGAUGGGUCAGGAAUACUGUGCGGAACCAUGAGUGGGAAGAAGAAGAAGAAGAUGAUGUACGUAACAGCCAGGAACGCAGAGUUUGACCGGCACGAGCUGCAGAUCUACGAGGAGCUGGCCCGCAUGCCACCCUUCCAGAGGAAGACGCUGGUGCUGAUUGGUGCUCAGGGGGUGGGCCGCCGCAGCCUGAAGAACCGGCUGGUGCUGCUCCACCCGACCCGCUUCGGAACCACGGUACCCUAUACCUCCAGACGUCCCCGUGAGGAUGAGAGGGAUGGUCAGUCGUACCAGUUUGUGACGCGGUUAGAGAUGGAAAUGGACAUCAAAUCUGGCCGCUAUCUGGAGCACGGCGAGUAUGAUGGAAAUCUCUACGGCACCAAGAUCGACUCCAUCCACGAGGUGGUGAACACGGGACGCACCUGCAUCCUGGACGUCAACCCGCAGGCGCUGAAGCUGCUGAAGACGGUGGAGUUCAUGCCGUACGUGGUGUUCGUGGGGGCGCCAGCGCUGGACACCCUCACAGCCAUGCACCGCGCUGCCGUGGAGACCGGGGCCAGCACCAAGCAGCUAACGGACAUGGAUCUGAAGCGGACUGUAGAGGAGAGCGCCAGGAUACAGAGGUGCUAUGGCCACUACUUUGACCUCUGCAUAGUGAAUGACAGUCUGGACCGGGCCUUCGACAGGCUGCAGGCGGCUGUGGACCGGCUCUGCUCCGACCCACAGUGGGUCCCGGUCAACUGGGUGUACUGAGCGCGUGCGGACACAGCAGGCCCCGCCCACAAACACAGGGCCACGCCCCUGCUUCACACACGACAGCAGCUCAUUCUCCUCAACGAGAAGGGUGCUCAUUUAUUUCAAUAUUUGUAACUUUUUACGGAACAUCUUUCUAUGCAUAUAAACUUGGAGUUCAAAGAACAACAAAGAAAAGUAAAAAAAAACAAGAUUUGCUUGUUCUUGUCUUUUUUCUAGUUUUUAAAUAAGAGAUUGUCACCAUUUUGAUCCUAUUAUUCUAUUCUGUUUCCCUCUCAAAUGGAGCUGAAGAUACCAUGCUGAUAAGUCAAAGAAAAGAAAAUCCGUUUUUUUUUUUUACAAAUUGACCUGGAAAGAUUCGAAUCGACAGCUUUUCCCCAGAAGAUAACGGUACAGCAACUACCGGAAGGUUCUGGAAGCAGGCGGUUUGUUUCGCGCUCGAUUCCCGGUGUUGCUCCCAUUUUACCCAGAACUACUCUGUGGUCUUCAGUCCCUGAGCGUUUACCUUUAAUUAAGAACAGAGCGCAAAGUGUAGAUUAGACCGCUUUUAUUGGACAACGUGCAUUAGUGAGCAGUGAUGUAACUUUCCCUAGCCAAAAAGUUUGAGUUUUUUUCUUUCUUUCAUUUCGUGGUUUAUGUAAUCUUUUUUGUAGUUUUUAUUUUGAUGUAGCUUCUAGUUUAUUUUGUCUUUUGGAUACAGUACAUUUUGCGUCUGUGGUGAUUGUUUGUCUGAAUGUAUGUGAAUGAACUACGUGAGGGUUUAAGUCUCCUGAGUUCUGUU